GCUAUAAAGCUGACAGCAGAGCUUAGAUCAUUGAUUUGGUCAAAAAUAAAUAGUUCAUCCUUAUAUUCCUGGAAGCAGAUAUUCUUCUAACUAUGAAUAAGAAUCUUAUUAUUUUGUUACUUGGAACAGUUGCAGUUGUUCAUUUGUGUGCUGCACGACCGGAGUCAAAUUCGUUAGAGGAUCUCAAUCAACUUCAGAAGCAGAACGAGUUCAAAAAUAAACUUUCAUCGUUUAUGGAAGAGGACCUGAAAAAAAAAAAUUUAUUCAAUGACCAUUCUAAGGUAUUUGCAUCAGUUUACCUCGAAUAUUAUGUGCAUGCUCGUGAAGCCAUACAGGAAUCGAUUAAGGUUUAUAAACUUGUGAUAAAAGAGCCUUUUAUUGAGAAAUUGAAUACUGCAUACAUACGCUCAGAAGUUGAGGAAUUUGAUAAUUAUGUUAAAAAAGCCGAGUCAUUGGACACAAAAGAGAGGGAUGAGUUUUUGGAUGUUUUGGAUCAGCUUUAUAAUCGGUUAGAUUAUAAUAUGGAUAAAUAUAACAUAACACUAUUGGAAACACCAACAAUGGAAGAUGUUUUAAUUGGUUUAGCAUUGGAAAAAAAUGGCAUUGUGGAAGCAAACAAGAAAAUUGAAGAAAGUUUUUCAAAGUUCUUAGUAGAAAUGUUCGAUAUUGUGGAUAAGUACAUCGCUAAUUUAUCAGCAGAAAAUAAGAAAAUCGAAACCAAAUUGAUUGACUCAAUACAGAAGUACAAAACUCUGGACAUUCUUAACCAAAGGAAAACUUUUCAAGAUUUAUUUAUAUCAUUUGAAAUAAAAACUUUAUUGAAGAAGUUAGAAAAUGAAAAAGAACAAUAGAUUAAUUUU